AUGGCCGGCGUCAAUGGCGCUCCUCCCAGCAACUCCUCCCACUACGAUCAACAUCACGCGCCCACCACCACCACCUCCGCGCGGAAUGGGAAUGGGAAUGGAAGAGGGACCAAUGCGAGCGAGAGUCAGGACUUAGCUGUCCGACCGCGACCGAAUGCGAGUAUGGAUAUGAAUGGACGGGAUGGCGGUGGAGUGGUAGAGGGUGUGGGGCCGGUGGAGGAGAGGAGACCUCCAGGCGCGAGACGACCGAGUGGCCAACAGCGGACAUGCGGGAAAUGCCAGCGUCAUCUCACCGGCCAGUUCGUACGCGCAUUGGGGAAUACGUUUCAUCUGGAGUGCUUCACCUGCCAUGACUGUGACAAGAUCGUAGCAUCUAAAUUCUUCCCCGUCCCCGACCACCCACCCAACCAAUACCCCCUCUGCGAGACCGACUACUUCCGCCGCCUCGAACUCCUCUGCUUCGCCUGCGGUGGCGCCCUCCGCGGCUCCUACAUCACCGCCCUGGACCGAAAAUACCACAUCGAGCACUUCACCUGCAGUGUCUGUCCCACCGUUUUCGGAGCGCAGGAUUCCUACUACGAACAUGAGAGUAGCGUGUAUUGCCAUUAUCAUUAUAGCACGCGGUUUGCUCAAAAAUGCAACGGAUGCCAGACAGCGAUCCUGAAGCAAUUCGUCGAGAUCUUCCGAAACGGCAUGGAUCAGCACUGGCAUCCUGAGUGUUACAUGAUCCAUAAGUACUGGAAUGUGCGGUUGCAUGCUCCGGCGCCCAAGGGAUCAGAUCUAGCUGGCGAGGAAGCGGAGGCAGAGCGACAGCGAGGUCUCCUCACCGAACAGGACGCGAGCGAGGAAUUGCGGACGUCGGUGAGGAAGGAUGAAGAAGCGGUAGAGUACAAAGUUCACUGGAUCUGGCAGACCCUUUCCACCUUCGAGGAGAAGAGCGCGACCUGCAUUUCUGACAUGUUGCUGCAUGUCAGUAAUGGCGCCUACAUGGACGGCGUGGUGGCGGCAAAGAAAUUCAUCACGCAUGUCGAUAUCCUCUUCGCUGCUGCGGACGAGCUGGACCAUAGACUACAGACCCGACCUACGAAGAACCUGGCGGGAGGUGAUAAGCAGAUCCGGACGUUCGAGGCGAUUGUGCACCCAGGACUCAGCUAUUCGCGGGAGGCUAAGCUGCUUUGUAAAAAGGUCGUGGCGUUCUUCCAGCUACUAGCUGAGAGUCAGGAUCACGGUGUCAGACGACUGGGAGUCACACAGGAACUCCUCAGUCUAGUCACGGGCCUGGCGCACUACCUCAAACUCAUGAUCCGGAUCUGUCUCUCUGGCGCCCUGAAAUUGGAACGCGAGACUGGUAGCCAAGAAGGUCUGGAAGGGUUCCUGGGGGCAAUUGGGGGACUAGAUGAGAGCGUCGAUGGCGGAAGACUCGGCCGAGGUGGAUUCCCUGCUGCGGGUUCUGCUGCGGGCGAGAUGCUAGGGCAGGAGGGCUUGGUCGAUAAGAUGGCGGAUACGUGUGCGGUCUGCGAUAAAGCGGUCGAGGAUAAAUGUUUUCGCCGCGAGGGCAGGGUGCUGCAUGCCCCUUGUCUGGCUUGUGGGAAAUGUGGGAGGGACUUGAGCGAGGAGGCGACGCUUGAGCCGGGUGUGAAGUGGGGUUCCAGUGGAAGAGGAGCAGGGGAUGUGAUGGUCAUGAGAGUCUGGUGCGAUGUCCAUGCCCCUCAAGACGCGAAUCGGGCUCUUUUCUUCAGAGUCUCGAGAUUGAGACAGUAUGUCCACCUUCUUCGCGUGGCGCACGCGCGGCUCUUGGCUACGCUGAGGAGUGGUGCCGCAUUACCGCAUACGAGCGAUGAUCCGAAUCUAUUGGGUUAUGAUAAUUCAGAUGGUCGACAUACGCCUGCUAGCGAGACGGAGCCGCCGCUCUUGAGGUCGAACACGAGAAGUCGGUCUUAUGCUGGGAGGACGGGGAGUCAGCGGUCUGCUGCUGCGGCUGCUGAACAAGGGAGUAGUAGUUAUGAGGAUGCUAUGGGGGACAUUAGGAGACUGAGGAGUACGAGGAUGGAUAAGCAGCUUUCGAAUGCUGGGCGUCACGCACGGAAGAGCCGGAUUAUUGAUGGGCCAGAGGGUUUGCGCAGCGGUUCGCCACCGAACGACGACUACGGCAGUAAUGGCUACAGCAAUGGCAACGUCUCCGCCUCGACGAAAGCCGCUCGACGAACUACGGGGUCUUUUCAAAUUGUAGAGGAUCGCGACCCCAUGUCUGGGGAGCCGAGGAGUCAAUUGACGUUUGGAGGGCAGGAUACUAUGACUUUGGACGAUAUUCCCCGGAUUGUGCAGGCGCAGCAGACGAGGGAGCAGAGACCGAACGCUUCUCGCUUCGCUCGAGGUGGUAUGAUGCCCCAGGAACCACGAGCGAGAUUGGUGGAUGGCAGUGGGAGGGGACAUGGGCGGGACGGAUCAGGUGGUGAAGGCAUACCCAGACGAGGAACGGUGAACGGUGGUGGUAUGAUGGGAGCUGGUUCCGGCGGCGCAGUAGGCGGCGGCGGUGAUGGUGGAGGAGGCGGAAGAAUGCCCGGCACGAAACGGUAUUUUUCUGAACUAACGGCGCUGGAAUACUUCAUCGUGCGGCACGUCGCCGUCUUAUCCAUGGAACCACUACUCGAAGGCCACUUCAACCAAGAGGAAUUACUGGAGCUCAUCGAGACGAAACGUCCGACUUUCUGGAGUAAAUUCGGGAAGGCGUUCCAACCUGGUAAAGACAAAAAGGGCGGGAAGCCUUCCAGCGGCCAAGGUGGGAAUGGAGCGUCCUCGCCCGCCGAGAAGAACUCGGGCUCGAAAGAUACUACCGCGCCGCAGAAAAUUUUCGGCGUCCCGCUGGAAACUCUCCUCGAACGCGACUAUGCCGAGUCCACCGAUGGCGUUGGCCCGGGCUCACUGAAAAUUCCCUCGUUAGUACAAGAAGCUAUUUCCGCGAUGAAGACGAUGGAUAUGAGUGUCGAGGGCGUCUUCCGCAAGAACGGGAAUAUCAAGCGCCUGAACGAUUUGAAAGAGGAGGUUGACACCAGGGGAAGUCUGGAGGGAGUGGACCUAACGAAGGAGAAUCCCGUCCAAGUCGCCGCGCUGCUGAAGAAGUUCCUGAGGGAGUUGCCGGACCCGUUACUCCUGCAUAAACUGCAUAAACUCUGGAUUACCUCGCAACGAAUUGUCGAGGAGGAGCGACGAAGACGGGUGCUGCAUUUGACUUGCUGUCUCUUGCCCAAAGCACAUCGGGAUACAUUGGAAGUGCUGUGUACGUUCUUGCAAUGGGUGAGUUCGUUUUGUCAGGUCGACGAGGAGAGUGGGAGUAAAAUGGACGUGCAUAAUUUGGCCACGGUUAUUACGCCGAAUAUUCUGGCGCCUUGGCCGGGGGGUAGGGAGGGCGGGAAGGAGGGGAAGGAGGGGGGUGUGGACGAGAGUUUCUUGGGGAUUGAGGCCGUUUGUGCGCUGAUUGAGUGUAAUGAGGCGAUGUGUGAGGUACCGGAAGAUCUGGCGAUGAUCCUUAACGAUUCUUCGCUGUUUAGCAAUACGGCGGAUAUUACGACCAAGGAGAUUCUGAAGCGGUAUAACGAAGUUGCCAAGGCGCCACCGCGGGACACUGCUAACCGUCCUGGUGGGCUCUCCUCGCCGGCCGGGGGUGCUGGCUACGCAGACCGUGAUCGGGAUAGGAACGUUUCUUCUCCGCAACCUACGCGCGUGGAUGUCAAUCCGACUACGCAGACGCAAAGGGCGCAGGAGACGAGCGUGAGGCACGUGGGUGGAGAUGGGAUGAUUUCUUACUCGGGCCCUGGUGGAGAUGUGCUGUCGCCGCCGGGUGGUGUGGGGUAUAAGCAGGGUCGACGGAGUGGUGAGGAAGGUGGUGGGGGUGGAAGUGGGAGUCCGAGUCGAGGGGGUAUGAGGACGGGACCUUAUGGAGAGCAGAGGGCCCUGGGGGUUGCUUAG